UGACGUGUACUUGUUGUUUUACCCCAGUGGACACUCAACAAGUAGCAGACAUGGACCUAUGGUGGACUCUCACAAUACUUUUACCUCUCAUAUGCUACACCAAUGCUCAGAAUCCCCACAAGAGGUUCGAAUAUAAGUACAGCUUCAAGGGGCCGUACCUGGCGCAGAAGGACAACCAAGUUCCAUUCUGGCAGUACAGCGGCAAUGCAAUUGCCAGUGAAGAGAGCGUACGCAUCACCCCAUCACUACGUAGUCAAAAGGGACAGAUAUGGACCAAAAACCCUACAAACUUUGAGUGGUGGGAAGUGGACUUCGUUUUUCGUGUAACAGGUCGAGGAAGAAUAGGUGCUGAUGGCUUGGCUAUCUGGUUUGCUGAUAAACCUGGUGUGGAAGGUCCUGUAUUUGGCAGUUCAGACCAGUGGAAUGGUCUUGGAAUAUUUUUUGAUUCUUUCGACAAUGAUAACAAGAGAAAUAACCCAUAUGUUAUGGCCAUGGUCAAUGAUGGCUCCAAAAUUUACGAUCAUGAACAUGAUGGAUUGAGCCAGCAACUUGGUGGCUGCCUUAGAGAUUUCCGAAACAAACCUUUCCCAGUGAGAGCGAAGAUUGAAUAUUACAAAAAUGUGCUAACUGUAAAAACCCAGCUGCUUGAGUUUGAUUAUUCAAAACUUGAGGAGAGAGACCCAGAUAUAGACAAUAUAACACUGGGAGAUACAGAACCCUUCAGUGAUUCACUCACGACUACAUAUCCUGUGGCUGCUGAGACAACUUUGCCUCCUGUAUAUGAUGAAUAUCCAGGGACAACUUCGCAGUCUUCUGAUAUUUACUCGACGGCUAUGACAUAUUUUGGAUACGAGGAAGAGGCUACAUCUUCAUCUCCUGAUAGUGAAUCUACCACCACAACUGCUUCUACAAUAUUAGGUGAUGGUUUUACCAGAGAUGGUUUAGAUACCAGCCAUCUCUUUAUGGAAACUGUCCAUGUGGCUGGUGAGGAGGAACUGUCAGCUGGACGGGGAUGGUAUGGAAGUAGUGAACCUACUGCAGCUACCACAACACCUAAGCCUGAGAAAAAGAAACGCAGGAAGCGGCAGAGGAAGAGGAGGACGACGACGAGGAGGAGGAGGAAAAGGGUGCAUAGUACAAGUCCGUUGAUGAUUCACAGUGGAAUGACAAACAAUGAGAAGGAUUACGAGAUCUGUAUGCGUGCAGAAAAUGUAUUUUUGCCAGCGACCGGCCACUUUGGUGUAUCUGCUGCAACAGGCGGAUUAGCUGACGAUCAUGAUGUAUUGAAAUUCCUAGUGUCUUCCAUGCGAUCCCCCGAAGAAAUGGCACUCUUGCAAACCAAUCAGGAGGAUGAGGAGAAGUUCCGGCAGGAGUUCCAGGAGUACCAAGAGAAGACAAAGAAGGCACGUGAUGAGUACAUUGCUCUGAAUCCUGAUGCUGUACAGAAAGACAAAGAGGAGGAGUAUGAGAGCUGGGAACAGAGGGAAUUGCGUCAGAUAUUCCAUGGACAAAGUCAGAUACACGAGAUUAUAAGACAACUACACUCAAAAAUGGACGAGAUUAUUGGUCGGCAAGAACGAACACUUGGUUUAGUUUCUGCAGUUCACUCAGGAAUGGGAGGACAAGUUAUGCCUGCAGGUCAAGUUCCUCCAGCACCUGUUGCUGCCCUACCAGGAGACACCAUCCGUCGACAUGAAGUUGAUAACAUUCUCAACAAUCAGAGAGAUAUUGUGCAAACAGCAAGGGAUAUCAAGAACUUUGUUAAUGAAAUCCACCAGAAAAGCAACCUGCUCUUGAGCAACAGUCAGAAGCCACAAGGGUCGGUGCAGCCGGUGGGCUUUGAUCUACACGUUACCCUUAACGAGAUGAAGGAAGGGCUCAAUACUGUGAAGCGGGACUUAGGUACAGCGACUCAGAGGUUGUCUUCGGCACCAGGAGGCGGUGCAUGUCCUACAGUCAGCUGUGUAUCAACAGGCUUGUUCAUUGCUUUCAUGGUGAUCCAGUUGGUUCUACUCAUUGGUUACAUUAUGUACAGAAACAGCAGUGAGGGCUCAGAGGGCUGCUUGGUUCGAUGGUUUUCAUCACAUCAUGAGCACUUCAACUAGUAUUUUUUAUGAGAAGAUAAUAAAGAAGCCCAGGCCAAGAAGUUUUAUUGAGCUCAAGUGCUUAAACUGCUGGAUUUUAAGAUCUCAGGAGCUGAAAGAUAUCUUCUGAAAUAUAUUUUGAAAAUAUUGCUUUUAUAGUGUCCAUUUAAAAAAAGUUUUAAUGGAGUUUUAAGCAUUUAUUUUUUUAAUAAAAAUAAUGUUUUCUUUCUGGUGAGAUUUAUACAUAAAGACCAAGAAAUUCAAUUAAAUACACUUGUGAUCUGACUUUGAGAUUGUUGAAUUCAUCUUUCAAAGUGUCUUCCUGAAAUAGCUGAAAUUUAUUUGCUGCUGUAAGCUGCUGUAAGCUGCUGCUGAUGUCAUAACUUAUCAUUUCUGAAUGAGUUGGUUUAAGAAGCGACUCGGUCAGGAUUGUUACACAGUGUAACACUUGAUCCAGUUAUACAAAAAGCCACAUUGGCUCUACACUUAACCGGAUUUUCCACAUUUGCUUCUUUAUUUACCUCAAGUUCUUAAGAGGUAUGUGCCGGUGUUUGGUACAGAAGUGACAAGUUCAGCCUGCUGUAUUUUCUAAAUGCAUUGUUAGAAAUGAAAUUUGCAAAUAUCUGAUUAGUUUGUAAGAUGUGCAUCACAGUGCAGUAUAUGCAUCUCGGUUAUAUGUAAUUUUGAACAUUUAGUUCAAGUGAUACAGCACAUUUUCCAGUAGAUACAAUGUAUUUGUGAUUAUUACUCAAAAGCAGGUAUUCAAAAGUCCUGUUAAGGAUUUGGUCAUUUGUUAAAAGUGAAUGGAGAACUUGACUUACCAGUAUUACCAUUACACAAUGCUUCCAGUUUUGAAAACUACAUCAACCAUGAUUAUUCAUUGAGAUUGUUGCAAAUGCAGUGGUUGUUGAGUCUCACUAUGUGAGGCACUCUAUUAAGCCACUAUAUUGUGGCUUUCUCUCUCCAUUAUUAUUUAUUUGUAUUUUAAUUAACAUUCAAGGUCCCACAAUUAAUCCUCCUACAAUUGCCUUCUUUGGACUAGGGUAGUUUAAUUGUUAAUAAAAUAUAGAUUAGAUUGUAUCAGAUUUAAGACCUGAAGUAAAUAGUUGAAUAAACAUGAAAUUGACUAUUAGAGGUUAUGGUUUCAGUACCUUAAGUUACUGUCUUCAUAACUACUGUACUGUACUUGUUUUACAGGAUGAUUCAGGGCUUGUGUGCUUGACUAUUAACAUUCUGUACGACUAAUUCUUCAUGUUUUGCUCAUUUUCCAAGUGGAGUUUCCAUUGUUUGGUUGAGGUUUAGCCGUGUUUAUUUCCUAUUGUGAUCAUAUUUUUAUCAGGAUUAACGAGUUAUUUUUUUUUUCCUUGAAGUAUACAACAGUGAUAGGGUAGGUUUAUAUUUUAGCCACAGUGAGCUAAAAUAAAUAUUUUAUAAAAUAUUUUAUAUUUUAGUCAGUGGUUUACUAUUGAUAAAAUUGAUUUCUUUUUGGAAUGUAAUAUAAGAAGCAUCUUUGGAGGAGUCUUCCGGAGAUGGUGGUGUAGUGCACAAAACUAGCUAAAUUACUUGUAUUUUGUUUAUGCUUUUAUGAAAUUUGCUGUUGUAAGAACAUCAUUGCUUUUAUUUUUUACUAUUAUGUUUUCAGUGGUGGAUUAUUGUUGUAUUUUGUUAAGAUUUAAUAAAUUAUUAAAAGUUUUUCUACA